CAAAGGUCAACCAAACGCCACCUUUGAACCCUAGCCUUUUCAAAAUCACAAGUUUACAGUGCAGUGCACUAGUACUAUAGUAUAGUGCAGUGUUACAGUAAAACCAUGCCCUCAUCAAAGACAAAGGAACUAGCGAGAAAACUUGGUAUCAUUGGGCCUAAGAGAAAGCAAACUUGUCAGACUGAUGAGGGUGCUGGUGAUGUUCAAAAGAAGAAGAGAACAGUUGAGUUUCCAGCAGUCCUAUUGGAUGUGAGCAACGGUGAUGUGGUGAGCAUUUUCCAGAAAUAUGUUUUACCAAUCGAGCAGCCAACUCUCAGUGACUUCUGCAAACAGCUCACUGGAAUAACCCAGGAACAGGUGGACAAUGGGAUACCUGUUCAGACGUGCCUGUACCUGUUCAAACAAUGGGUAAUGGAGAUGCAGCAGAAGACAGGGCUUGUCAUGAUGGAGCCAGGCAAGGCCUACAGCCUGGAGCAACAGCUGUGCUCUUUUGUGACUUGGUCAGACUGGGACCUUGGAGUUUGCCUAUACUAUGAGUGCAAGAGAAAGCAAAUAAAGACACCUACCUAUUUCAAUCAAUGGGUGAACAUCAGAGCACUGUACAAGACAUUCUAUGAGAGGAAGCCAUCUGGACUGAAGGGAUCGCUAGAAGACCUUGGUAUCCCAUUUGUUGGCAACGAGCAUUCAGGCAUUGAUGAUGCACGCAAUACUGCCAAACUGUGCUACCGAAUGGUUAGAGAUGGAUGUAAGCUGAAUAUAACAAAAUGUAUCGACAAGGCUGUGUCCAUCAAGAAGCCUCCAGCAUGUCUGGCCAUACCCCUUAUCAACCCAUCUAUACCUGCUAUCCAGCGCAACUCAGUCAAGUCAAUAACAUGUACUCAUUCAACAACUGACUCCUCACCCAAAAAUGUUACUUCUGAGCAUAUCGAAUCGGCUCUGUUUAAAGCGCAGCGUAAAAAGUUGAUAGUACCGAAUGAUCCGGAAGUGAAGGAUUCAUGUGUGCAUAUUGACAGUGUAGUCAAACCGCUAUCUCAAGCCGAAAGACACAAUUCUUGGGACAGUUUAGAUGAUAAACCGAAGACCAUAACAGUAGUUGAUAGGUCACCUCAUUUGAAGAAACAGGACAUUGUACAUCCAUUAAAGAGUGAAACUGGAUUACAAGUAUGUAAGCAUUUCGUAGAGCAAACCCCUACUAGACUGGUUAGUCAUAUUUCUCCAGUAACACUCCUUCCAUCUACAUGUACAACGCAAUCUUCAAAUAAAAUCAAAAUCCCGAUAGAGCAUCACAAAAACAGACUGUUGCAAGCAUUCACUCGCUCGCCUACUUGUGAAGAUACUCCUCCACCAAAACUGACAUAUCACACUGCAGACGUGAAAAAAGGCUGCUCAAACUCAUUCAAGACUCCUUCAUCUCGUAUGAACAAAACACAUUCAAAUUCAUGUAGUAGCAGUUCCAUUACCCCUAGUAAUUCCGUUUUGUCUGUUGCACUCGGGCAUAAAGUAACUCCACCGGUAUGUGAUUGUGGGAGGAGAACAAAGAAGAAGCUAGUUGCUAAAGCAGGACCAAAUGAGGGCAAGCCAUUUUAUGUAUGCCCUAACAGUUGUGGAUCAAACAAGAGCAGAGGCUGUGGCUUCUUCAAAUGGGAAGUAGUUCAGAAGGAGAAUAUACCGAUGUAGUGCCUUUGCAACCUUAGGUUUAUAUAAACAUGACAUUGUAACAGUAUAAAUAAUAUUGAAAUGAUAGUCUCACAUAACUAUAUACACUGUACAUUGCAAGUGAGUGAAAGUACAUAAUUAUCGUGCUGCACAAUUUAAA